AUGGAAGCCACUAACAGCAACCUCGGAGCGCAGCCUGAGCCAGAGGCCGUGGAACCAGAAGAGUCCGACAGCGCUGCUGCUGCUCCUCCUCCUCCAUCAAAGAGGAAAAGGAAGCAAAAAAGGAAGCCAAGCAGGGUUACCAUUUGCCGCCACAAGUCCCAACUGAGGCAGGACACCCGGGUGCUGGAGGAGCAAAAGGGGAAGCCCCAAUGCCAGCCGGGGGACCCCUGCCCCACGUGCGCCCAACCCAGGACCCUGGACACGGGGCACGCGCUCUACAAGAGCAGUGCGUACUGCGAGUCAGAGGCGGGCCCUGGGGGCCUCACCGCUCGUGAGUGGCUAAUCAGCCAACAGGCCCCCGAGGACGCCGGGAAGGUGCCCAGGACCACCCUCUGGAACAUCGCCCGCAGGAAGGAGGUCGGCGACUCCUCUUCCCCUGGGCGCAAACCGCACAAGCUGCGGAUCUGCCAGCGGUGCCUCCAGCCGGCGCAGAAAGAUUUUGGCCACAGCCGGUUCGACGGGGAGAACUUCUGCUCCCUCUACGCCGGCAAAGGCGUAGACCUGUGGCUGGCCGAGAAGAGGGACCGCAAGAGGCGAAAGCCAAAGAGGAAGCAGAGGAAGCAGCGGGAGGAGAGGAGGGCGAAGGGCCCGGUGUCAGCCCCUGGAGAGGAACACAGCCCCGGCAGAGUGUGAGGCUGCUCCUCCCCGGGAACCCCCCUCCUGUGUUGUGCAUGUUUUUAAUUUAAUAAAUCUAUUUGAAUUACACACGCUUGUCCCUUCUUUUUACUUUAAGCAACAAGUCCACAACAACAAUGAUAACAAACGUUUUUAGUUUAAUAAUAAAAAAGCAAUACAUUAGAAACAGUGUAAAAGCGUCUCGAAAUAAAGCCAUUCUUUAAGAAACAAUCACAUUGAAAAUAAAGCCUUUAAUAAACACAUUGAAAAUAAAGCCAUUCUUUAAGAAACAAUCACAUUGAAAAUAAAGCCUUUAAUAAACACAUUGAAAAUAAAGCCAUUCUUUAAGAAACAAGCAAUAUAUUGAAAAUAAAGCCGCUCUUUGAUAAACAAUCAAUACAUUGAAAAUAACGCCAUUCUUUAAUAAGCAAUCACAUUGAACAUUAAAGCCUUCUUUGAUAAACAAUUGUGGCGACCCGGCGGCCCCAAACCCCUCAAGCCGGGCGGC